UCACUCCGUUUGUGACUACCACACAAGUACACAACAGCACGAGAUACUACAGUAGAACUUUAUUUUUGAAAGAUGCAUAGAUAAGUUACAUUAAAGCUUGCACACUCAGAGUUGCAUCCUCGAAAUGCCUUUCUGACACUGACAUACAUUUGCCACCUGUAUGCUUUGGCCGUUCCAGAAAUGUCCACCUCAGAUGUUGAAAUGCAGAAUUCUGAUAAUGGAGAAAUAAAUAAUCAAACCCCAUUAAAUCUGGAGUCCGAAGUGGCUAAAGAAGAGAAUGUUACAUUUACCAUCGGCGAGGACAACGCCACGAUAUCCGCCGAUCGAACCAAACUAUCCGAGUCGUCACCUUAUUUCGCAAGCAUGCUGCAAGAUCAUGCACCAGGGACCACGAUACCGCUAUCAAUUCCACCGCUCUCCGAUUCCAAAUCCGUUAAACGGCUCCUAACACUCGACUUUAAUCAGGAACUACGACCAAAAGAAUCCCACUGGACGAAGACGUUCGGAGUUACGAGUAACAACAUUGUCAGCUUAUACGCCGCGGCCCACUACUACCGAAUGGAAACGGCAGUAGGGGCAUGCAUCCAGUUCAUGAAGAAAUACAGCGUCGUUACGGCACGCUGUCUGCGCUUGCUGGAGAUCCACCUUAAGUACCCGCGCCCCGAAAUGGCACGCGUCCUUGGAGAUCUGAUCGGACCAAUACUGGCGGUUAUCUGGGAUUAUAACGAGUUUGACGAAAUGAGUUUGCCCGCACUACUGUUUAUUUUGCAACUGCCGUUUCUCAUGGUUACAUCGGAGAUACAAAUAUUUUUGAAUGUCUGUGACUGGUUUAAAAAGCAUCCGAUGCUCGACGUUCACUGCAUUACGACAGUUCUCGACGAGUUUCACUGGUACGCAAUGUCUGCCGACGAACGCCUGCAAUGCCAAUCGAAACUGGGCGAGCUGUUUCCCGACCAUCAAGCGACAGUAACCGAAUACUUUACGCUGGUGGAUACUUCUACUUAUCCCCAUACGCGUCAACGUAACCGGCAUCAGAGUUUGUACAUCUGCGUACAGCGCUCACCGAGCAGCCAUCGUAGCGCCAAAGCCGCCAUCUACGAAUUCGACUUGCGUCUGAAUGUGGUGCGCGGUGAAUCGUGGCCGUACGACGUCAAUCCGUCCGUUCCGGUUGGGCAUUGUGUUUCACCGGAACUGGCGAUCGUUGAUGGCGUACCGCACGCGAUCAUUAAGCGUGGUAAGAAGGUGUCGUUGUGGAAGCUGGAGAGGAGAAGCCGGUCCGGUGCCCUGUUCUCUGUGACAGAAGCGCUCACUGCCGAUGAAUGCUGCUUAGCCGAACCGAGUCACUAUGCGAACAGCCGGUUCCCCGGUGUUGUUUUGGAGGACAAACAUUAUGUUCUGCAAGGCAAUAUGUUUCAAGUGCAUUGUACAAAAACGCCGAAAGAGGUGGAAGAUUUGACCUUACCUGAUUUCGGUUUAAGAAGCGGGAACGAAAUCAGCCCGGUGAUGGUGGCUUGCAACGGAUAUAUCUUUCUCCUUAACGGGGCAUACUUUGCAAGAUUUUUGCCCAAUGCAAAGAAAUGGGAAGUACUCUCGCCGCCAGGAGCCCCUCGGUUACAACCAUCUCUAACUGAGCUGAAUGGCUUUCUGUAUGUGAUAGGUGGAUUUCAGACUAGUGGCGACAACAAGGAGGUCUUGCAAGAGAAAAUCUUCGUAGUGGAGUGUGAACGAUUUAACCUGAGCGAGCUUCGCUGGGAAGAUAUUUCUCCGAUGAAAUGUUCGCGUGCCGGACACUACGUUUGUGUGGUGGAUGGCCAACUUGUUGUCGCUGGAGAAUCCCAGUCCAACGAGGCUGUUGGUGAAGUCGAAGAGUACGAUUCUCUCCAAAAUCAAUGGACCAGCCGAAAAAUACCACUGCCUUAUGUUACGCCUUUUCCAUCAGACAGCAAAUUCCAAUGUUUUGCUUCUGAAACAAUAUGCUUGCCCCCAUGAUAAAGCAUAAUUAUUAUUGCUACAUGUUGCAAAUAUGUAUCUCAACUAGGGAUUAUGUUGAACUGCAUUGUUGCGAAAUCCCGACUCAAUGCCGGUUAAGCUUCUUAUCACAAAUAUGUACGUAAAUGCCGACUGAAUUAUUUGUAAAUUGUUAUCUUCGACCAGUUUAUCCUUGAUAACCGGAGAGUGAAAUA